AUGAAUUUGACCCAACUUUUUGAUAGCAUUGUCUUAAAUGCCCAAGAAGCAAAAGAACAAUUUGAACGUGGAUUUGAAGGUGAAGCAUUUAAUAGACUUGAAGAUAUAACGAAAGCCAUAAAUCUCCUGAAAGAUUUUAAAUCAAAGUAUGCAGAGCUGAACAUAAGGUAUUUCAAUUAUCGGAUCCUUCGUAUAAAACUCACCUCAACAAUUACUACGCUUGAUUCCAUUAAAAAACAGUCAUCUUCGACGUCGGUGUCCUCGGUGACGCCAAUGGCGCCUUCAACCAAGCUGGUCAAGAGGACAGUUGCACAAAAAUAUGAGAAGCCAAGGAAGUCACUGAAAACAAGUGUGGAAGACACACCAACGAUCACGAGUGAAGUAUACGCCCUCAAUGUCCGCGAGCUUCCCAAUGAUCCUUAUACUACACAACCACCGCCACAAAUUUAUGCGCCUCCAGGAGCAGCGCUUCCAAGCACACCUCGUACGCAUACGCACGCACCAUUAGAUCCGGGGCUAUUGAAACACCUUGACGAUAUAUUUAUUAGCUUUCUGCAAACAAUAUGUUCAGAUUUGGAUGCCACGGAUUCCAAAGGCGAACAAAUUCAUCAAACAUUGAUGGCUAAGAAAAUGCAAAAACUAGAUGAAUCUCCAGAUUUUCGACCUUUCAAAUUUCGAAUUCAGGCUUUCACAAAUGCUUUUCAUGAAGAGUUGAUUCGUCAUGGGUAUAAUGAAGAGAUAUUACCGUUGAGGAAAGUUAAGAAUUAUUUGUGGACACAAAGGUAUAUCUCCCGAUUUAAUGAGGAUGGUAAGAAAGCUAAAUCCAAGGGUAAUCACGUGUGGAAUAUAGAAGCUAAAAAAACACCAGAUGGCGGAUGGAUAUUUCGAGAAUUUAAUCGUAAGAUUGCCGGAAUUCCCGACAAGGUUGCAUAUAUCGGAUUAGAGUAUAGAUAUGCUCCCCGCGUUUGGGAUCCGCAAGUGAAUGUUAAGUCCAUCAAAGCAGUUUUCCAUUCGCCCUGGCUUCCGGAUUGGCUACGCUGGGAAAAUAAUGUUCUCACGGGUACACCGGGAAUGGACGCUGAAGGUUGUGAAAUUACAGCAAUUGCCAAUUACUAUCACGGAGAUACUGUUUAUAAAUUAGAAAAAUCCUUCAGGAUCAAUGUCGCGCAUCCAGAUUCUUCGGAACAUCAGAUAAAUAUGAAUUCUGUGGCGAUGGCGGAUUAUCAGUUACAGCAACAUCUUGGUUGA